GGCUUUCCUGGUCGCUCGCGCCUGGUCCUCAGACUUUACGUUGAAUUAAAGAAAAUCCUUUAUCAGAAGAUGGCCACUGCACAGUUGCAGAGAACCUCCAUGAGUGCACUGGUAUUUCCCAAUAAGAUAUCGACUGAGCAGCAAUCUUUGGUGUUGGUGAAGAGGCUCCUUGCAGUUUCAGUAUCCUGCAUCACAUAUUUGAGAGGAAUAUUUCCAGAAUGUGCUUAUGGAACAAGAUAUCUAGAUGAUCUUUGUGUCAAAAUUCUGAGAGAAGAUAAAAAUUGUCCAGGAUCUACACAGUUGGUGAAGUGGAUGCUAGGAUGUUAUGAUGCUUUACAGAAAAAAUACCUAAGGAUGGUUGUUCUAGCUGUGUACACCGAUCCAGAAGACCCUCAGACAAUCUCAGAAUGUUACCAAUUUAAAUUCAAAUACACCAGUAAUGGACCAAUCAUGGACUUCAUAAGUAAAAACCAAAACAGUGAAUCUAGUAUGUCAUCUGCUGACACCAAGAAAGCAAGUAUUCUCCUCAUUCGCAAGAUUUAUGUUCUAAUGCAAAAUCUGGGACCUUUACCUAAUGAUGUUUGUUUGACCAUGAAACUUUUUUACUAUGAUGAAGUUACACCCCCAGAUUACCAGCCUCCCGGUUUUAAGGAUGGUAAUUGUGAAGGAGUGAUAUUUGAAGGGGAGCCUAUGUACUUAAAUGUGGGAGAAGUUCCAACACCUUUUCACACGUUCAAGGUAAAAGUGACUACUGAGAAAGAACGAAUGGAAAAUAUUGAUUCAGCUAUGUUAUUACCAAAACAAUUAAAAACACCACUUCAAAAAAUUCUCAUGGACAAAGAUGAUCUAGAAGAUGAACAGGAGCAUUAUAUAAAUGAUGAUUUUGACAUUGAAACUAAAGUGGAAGAGCAGAAAAAAAACCCUGGAUCUUCUGAACUUGGAGAACCAAGUUUAGUUUGUGAGGAAGAUGAAAUUAUGAGGUCUAAAGAAAGUCCAGAUCUUUCAAUUUCUCAUUCUCAGGUUGAGCAGUUAGUCAGUAAAACAUCUGAACUUGAUGUGUCUGAAAGCAAAACAAGAAGUGGAAAAGUCUUUCAAAAUAAAAUGGCUAAUGGAAAUCAACCAGUAAAAACUUCUAAAGAAAAUCGGAAGAGAAGUCAACUUGAAUCUGGGAAAACAGUCCUUCAUCACUUCGAUUCUUCUAGUCAAGAGUCAGUGCCGAAAAGAAGAAAGUUUAGUGAACCAAAGGAACACAUAUAAAAAUUGUUUUUUUCUUCUGCAUGUUUGCAGAGUUCUUCUCAACGUUUAAACUAAAGGACACUAUAUUACUAUUUUAAGGUGUGUUUGCCCUACCUCUGAAAACUUAUAUGUAGUGUUAAGCAGUUAGUACACUAAAAUGAAUUCUUAAUUGACUAUCAUAUGAUCCUUAAUCUUAUCUGAGACAAAUCCAAGAGAACUUUUGAAUAAAACCAUAAGUGCCAGUGUCGUAAUUGAUUCUGUUCAUUAUCUAUUCAAUAUUGAUCUAUUUUUCCAUUUUGGUGGACACUUCCUUUAAACAUAUAUUGUUUUAAGGCCCUCUAAUGCCAUUUUUGGAAACAAAUAAUGUUUAUUUUGUAUUAAAUUUUGGAAGGAGUUCACUUUUUACUUAUGUUAAAACUAUACCUUUCACUGGCUGUUUGUCAUUGUGUUAAAACAAUGUUCUUCGGUAGUUUGAUAUAGUGUAUUAAUAUUAUAAUAUAUAAUGUACAAUUAAAAAUUCAUGCUUUACUU